AUAUAAGCCAAAGUUAAAAGGUAAACGCAUAGACAAACAUUUUGUUGUCAAUGUCAUUUGUCAAAGUCAAAAUACAAUUUUGAAAUUUCGAUUUUUGUUUUUCUCUCUUUCAAUUUGACGUUUGGCUGGUGGAAAUCAGACAAAUCGAAAAUGGUGAACGUACCAAAACAGCGCAGGACGUACUGCAAAAAAUGCAAGUGCCACAAAGUACACAAAGUUUCACAAUACAAAAAGUCCAAGGAAAGGCACGCUGCUCAAGGUAGAAGACGUUACGAUCGUAAACAACAGGGUUAUGGCGGUCAAUCCAAGCCCAUCUUCAAGAAAAAGGCAAAAACCACAAAGAAAAUUGUGCUCCGAUUGGAGUGUGCGGACUGCAAGGUGAGGUCCCAGGUGGCACUGAAGCGCUGCAAGCACUUUGAGCUGGGCGGAGACAAGAAGAGGAAAGGACAGAUGAUCCAGUUCUAAGCUGCCUAAUAAAUAAGUUACAACCA